AUGCGCCGAGAUGCGCCAUUGACGGCAGAGGCCCAGCUCCUAGCCCCACUUUGGCUGCCCGAGCCGACGACUGUGAGAGCGAAACACCAGGACAAAGUCCAGCACAUCGAGGUCACGCACUUGGAGUAUGACUACGACAUCUCGUCUUUAGCGCUGGGUUUUGUUCCGUUCCCUUUUACAUCUGGUGGCGGCGUUACCUAUAACACAAUGGACGCUCCCGAGGCGCGCAGGUUCUCGACGAGCACGGCUGAGCGCGUCGGCUUACUCAGGGCGCACGAAAACGCGGCGAAGCAGAAUCAAUAUGGCGCGAUUCCGGAUCCCUCUGAAAUUGAGAGUCUGCUGGGCGGAGAUGGGACGACAGAAGAGCUGGGGACCACGGCGGGGCAGGAGGCCAAGUUGCUGCUGAAGUACAGCGUUCCGUUGAUGGGGACGUACCUGCUGCAGUACUCAUUCAGUUUGGUGACGAUAUUCGUCGUAGGGCAUAUCGGAACAGAUGAGCUUGGUGCGGUCUCUCUUGCCACAAUGACAGCCAACAUCACCGGACUAGCAAUCUACGAAGGACUGGCCACAUCACUAGAUACUCUCUGCGCGCAAGCUUAUGGUUCCGGGAAGAAGACCAUGGUCGGACUCCACCUUCAACGCAUGAUCCUCUUCAUGUUAGCUGUGACCAUCCCCAUCGGAGCUAUCUGGCUGUGUUCAGGUUGGAUUUUGGCCGCCCUGGUCCCCGAGAAGGCGAUUGCGCAUCUCGCUGGAUACUACCUCUCUUUACUCCUCGCAGGAGCACCAGGAUAUGCCAUCUUUGAAGCAGGCAAGCGGUUCACGCAAGCACAGGGCCUGUUCAACGCUUCGCUCUUUGUCUUGCUUAUUGCGACGCCUAUCAAUAUAGCUCUGAACUAUAUUUUCGUCUUCGUUCUGGACUGGGAUCUAACGGGUGCUGCUCUCGCGACUGUCAUCUCCAACAACCUCCUACCAUUGCUGCUUUGGAUAUACGUAUACUUUGUGAACCCGUCUUCGCUGGAAUGCUGGGGCGGCUUCACGAAGGAUGCGUUCACCCAUUGGGGGCCAAUGGCAAAACUCGCGAUUCCAGGUAUCGUCAUGGUUGAGACCGAGUGGCUGGCUUUCGACAUUCUUACCUUCUCCACAAGCUAUCUUUCCACAGCUCACUUAGCAGCGCAGUCAAUCGUCAUGACUCUAGCAGUAGCCAUCUACCACGUCCCCUUCUCCGUCGGCGUAGCCGUCUCCACCCGCCUAGGCAACUUAAUCGGCGCUGGCUCCCUCUCCGCCGCCCGCACAGCCACAAAAACGUACAUCCUGACCUUCCUCGCCAUUGGCCUCAUCGACUUCGCCUUCCUAACCGCCUGUCGAAACGUCCUGCCCAAAGCCUUCACCAGCGACCCGGAAGUCGUCAGCAUAGUCGCCACCGUACUGCCCCUACUCGCUGCUUUCCAAUUCGCGGAUUCCACAACCGCACUCGUGAACGCCUUGCUCCGUGGACUGGGUAAACAGAAUAUUGGUGGCUGGUGCAAUCUCUUCGUGUACUAUGUUAUUGCGGUGCCGUUGGCGCUUUUUCUUUGUUUCAAGCAGGAUAUGAAGUUGGUGGGGCUUUGGACUGGGUGUGCGGUGGGUUCGGCCUGCAUUACGAUAUCUGAGGGCAUUUAUAUGAAGUUUUAUAAUUGGGAUAAGGCGAUUGAUGAUGCAAGGGAGAGGCAGGAGUAG